AAUAUUGCCCUACCAGUGAGCGCCGUGUAACGCGCGAGGCUGCAUCCACUCCCCUACUUUCGUCUUUUCUCCCUCUCCGCUUGUGCAAUGUAUUAAUGAAGAAACCGUAAAGUGUUAAAUGUUUGAAAUACAAAACCGCCGAAUUCCAAAUGCUGAGACGGGACCCCGCUACUCGUGCGCGCGGCACUGGUGUGUCUGUGCAAUAGACUCUGCAAAGAAAAACUACUCUCACACGCCUGCAAGUCCGCGGCUGCAAAAAGGACGCUGAAAACCUUUUUUUUUUUUCAGAAUCAAGACAAACGCUUAAAAAUCAAACUGGCUCACGUUCUUCCCAACCAACCCAGUUUGACAGCUGCUCUUCACCCCACUUGGAGGACUGUCAGCAGCAAGAGGAUGGCAUCAGAGCUGGCAAUGAGCAACUCCGACCUGCCCACCAGUCCCCUGGCCAUGGAAUAUGUUAAUGACUUCGAUCUGAUGAAGUUUGAAGUGAAAAAGGAGCCGGUGGAGCCCGAUCGCAACAUCAGCCAGUGCAGUCGCCUUAUCGCCGGGGGAUCCUUGUCUUCCACCCCGAUGAGCACGCCGUGCAGCUCGGUGCCCCCUUCCCCAAGCUUCUCGGAGCCCAGUCCGGGCUCGGGGAGCGAGCAGAAGACACACAUAGAGGAUUUCUACUGGAUGUCCGGUUAUCAACAGCAGUUGAAUCCAGAGGCGCUGGGCUUCAGCCCCGAAGACGCAGUCGAGGCGCUGAUCAACAGCAGUCACCAACUCCAGUCAUUCGAUGGCUAUGCCAGGGGCCAGCAGUUUGCUGGCGCAGCCGGAGCAGGAGGCACCAUGGCCGGGGAAGAGAUGGGGUCCGCCGCGGCGGUGGUGUCGGCAGUUAUCGCUGCGGCAGCAGCUCAGAACGGAGGGCAGCACCACCACCACCAUCACCACCACAGCAACAGCCACCACCAAGCACCCGGCGUCCAGUCCAACGGCACUUCUGGGACGAUUCACCAACACAUGCGCUUGGACGACCGGUUUUCAGACGACCAGCUGGUCGGCAUGUCAGUGCGGGAGCUCAACCGGCAGCUACGAGGGGUCACCAAGGAAGAAGUGAUCCGAUUGAAACAGAAGAGGAGGACCCUAAAGAACAGAGGCUACGCUCAGUCCUGCCGGUACAAGCGAGUCCAGCAGCGGCACGUCCUGGAGGGAGAGAAGACGCAUCUCAUCCAGCAGGUCGAUCACCUAAAGCAGGAGAUCUCCAGGCUGGUCCGGGAGAGAGACGCGUACAAAGAAAAGUAUGAGAAGCUCAUCAGCAACGGUUUCAGAGAAAAUGGAUCCAGCAGUGACAACAACCCUUCAUCCCCGGAGUUUUUCAUGUCGUCGAGAAAAUUCCUCCAUCUGUGAUUUCAAGCCCCACUCCUCCGUGCCCUUCCCUCCCUGAGACUGCUGUGUUGGGUCCUAAGAAAGUCUGCUGGCAGAUCUGGACUGGCCCCUCUGCCAUUCAGCCCUCAGGCAAACUUCAAGGCAGCACGGCAGAGUACAGUAGGGCUUUUCUCUCUGAGCUGAAUUACACAUCCUGCAAGCUCUCUUUAUCACAAGGCACACACUUUAGAAAAUACGAUCAUGAUACUGAGCAAAUACAAAGGAGAUAAAAAGGUCAGGAUUGCAAUAAAAGUUACUUCAAUUGAUGUUUUGGAUUUUCCACCUACAACAAUCAGUUGUGAUAAAAUCAUCUGAAUUGGCAAAACUAAGAUUAAGGUUUCUCAUUAAUUUGAGGAACUCAGACCAGUUGUCUGCUUCAAGGAGAGACAGUCGCAUGAGAAUAAUCCUAAGUGAAAUAAUCACAGCUCUGAGCAACAGCAAACGGGGAUGAAUAAAUAAGGCUGACUAAAUAAAUGAUCAGUGAUUGUUUGGCUCUAAGUACUGUUGCCGUAGCUCAGCAUCCUGAUUUGGUUGAAGCCUUCAGCCAUCCCUCAGCGGAGCUAUGGUCUUAGCGGAAGAGAAACGGUUAAAAAGCCCCAUUCUUCUUCAUACCUUCAAUAUUCAAUGAGAGCGCUAAUUGCACCAUGCUGAAAGAAGAAAAAAAGAAAAAAGGCGGAGGUGGGAGAGGGGAGGGAUCUACUGGCUUAUGGUCCGUAGGGGGAAAAUAAAGGAGAGGAAAAAAGGGGGAUUUAAAAAGUUAGACAUAUCCUCGGGAGGUUCCUUCCUCUGUGUUUUUACCUGUGUGUCUCUUAGCUAUAAUGCUAAUGCUCAUUAGCCAGUCUGUGUGAUAUCCGCCGAAACAUGGCUACUGUUAGCGACCGUCACCGGGAGCACUCUGGCGAAGUGAGUGCAUCCAGUGGUUACGCACACGCUGUUCUGUUGUCAGCUGGAAUCCAACUGUAUGGCAUUUUUUUCCUUUUUUGUUUUACCUCAAAAGUUAGUUGGAAAGAUAUCUCGGAAUGUAUUCGCUCAAGGUGCACCCAUUUGUGAGGAAGAAUUGAGGGAUGCAUAUGCAUUACAAAGUCUUUGUGUGUAUAAAAUGCAAGCGCAGCACUUUAGCCUUCCCUCAUCCUUCCACCCCCGUUUCUCCCUUUAAUCUUUGGCUGAGUUAUAAUACAAUAAGUCCCUAUAAUCAUUGGAUCUUCUUCUCUCGACUUACCUGGGAAAAAUGAACGAGUUUAAACAGGGAGGCAGUGGAAAAAGGGAAAAUAUUUUACCAUUAUUUAUUGAAUAAAAAACAAUGGUAAAAUAUCAUUGUUUAAUGAGUUUUACAAUUGAACCUGCUACGUAUGACCACAAGGGGCAGUGUACAGGACGUCUGUUUUAAGGUACCAGGCUGCAGUGUCUCCUUCUCCUCUCCCCUACAGUCAGCCCUUUAACUGCCGCCUGGUAUUCUGCAACUGAAAUACUGCUGAUCUGAAGUUUUUCUCAUAAAUCACGCCAUCCACCAAACAAAGCAAUAAAGAUGUUUGUUUGCAUUAUUGAAGGGAAAUUAUUGGCUUGGGUCAGCUUUAAGCAGUGGUCGGUGUGUGUGUGUGUGUGUGUGUGUGUGUGUGUGUGUGUGUGUGUGUGUGUGCAUGCACACAUCCUUAAAAAUACAUGUUCACUUGAGUGUGUGCUUGCCAAGUAUUUUUUCUGCUCGGGAAAAAAGUAAUUUGCUUAAGAAAAGCAUAUUUUGUUGAGUUGACUCGCUUUUUCACACAGGAAUAGUAAUUUUGAUUGCUCAGCCAAUCAGAAUUCAGUUGCCUGUGUGUAUUUACUUACACUUAUUGUAAGUCGCUUUGGAUAAAAGCGUCUGCUAAAUGACUGUAAUGUAAUGGAAUGUAAUAUUUGAGUGUAAAAGUGGUAAUGGCGGAAAGGGGUACAUACUGGGUACAUGCACGUACUGGACAUAUGUGAUUGGCUGCAUCUCUGUGCUUGUGGAUAUGAGUUUGUGCUCUUUUAAGUUCCAGUUUUGUACUGGGGAUCAUUUACAGCUCUCGACAAUUUUAUAUUCAGCCCAUUUGGUGCUAUUUCUAUUGAUCACACAGGCUGCCAAGUGCAAGCUCAGAAUACAAGUUUCCCUGAAUUGAACUCUUUCUCUCUCUUCAUCUGCUUUACUUUUAACAGCUUGACUUCCUUCAUGUUUCUUACACUGAUACACAGAAUCCCUUUCAACAACCUUUUUUUUCUCACUGUGGUGUGUGGUUAUGUGUUGCUUACGAAGAUGAGAUGAUAUAUAUAUGAUGUAGUUAUGAAGGUGCAAGCUUAUCCAACAGGCUAAUACAGUGUCCUAAACCGUGUUUUCAGUGCACACACAAUCCCCAUGUGACUAAUCUGUGCCUUGUUUAUUUACACGCACUCUAAUGUGAUUCACACUCUAGAUAAUAUAAAAAUACAAAUCACUGACCGUCACAUGACCCUUUGACUUUUGUGUGUUAAGCGGUCUCUUUCUUUCUCUUAGUGAGUCACAGAUACCAAGAUAAAUACAAGCAAGUGAACUAUGUUGGUUAAUUUUACUCAACUUUAAUCAAUAAAAUAACUCUAGAAUCACUUUGAAAAUGAUACAACUUUUCUACAAGUGCCUUGGACACAGAAUGUUGAAUGCAUAUAUUUGAUAACUUGGCAAGAGUCAGGUGACACACAGCACCUGUGUAGGAUCAUUUCCGCCUUCUUGCUAAUUAGAAACCAGCAACUCGACUGACCAACUCAGUUGGUCAGUCAACAGCAUUCCAGCUUAAGCAAGCUUGAACCUGGUACACUCAUUAAAACCAAACCCAAGUAUUUGAUUUGUGGCCUCAAGGCUUGUGUGCAAUUCAUGACUGCAAAUGUGUGUGUGUGUGUGUGUGUGUGUGUGUGUGUGCGUGUGUGUGUGUGUGAGAUGGAAGCGUAUAGGCCCGUCCCCAGUUGCGCUUGAAACUUAACCUGGUCCAUCCUGUUCUGGGCUUUUGGCUCUACUCUUGUGGUGUUCUAGCAUUCAGCACUUCAUCUGAGGAGGAGUUUAUGAGGGUUUUUUGAGUGCUUUGCAUAGCCAACACACUCCUUUCUAACCGAGAUAGUUCCCUAAGAAGGCCAAAGCUUCUCCUGUUUCCCCCUAGAGAAAGUUAAAACACAAAUAAUCAAGUGUCAGGUCACUAAGACAGAGCAAAAGGAAACAGGAGCAAUUGCAAGUAGAAGGUGUGCAUAUAAGAAACUGAAAGACAUUUAAGAAGGACAUUACCGUUUGCUGUCUACCUACUUUUAAUACUUUUUAUGAUCCUGUUUACUCUGCCUCCUUACCCUUUCCGCUCCUCACUCUCUGUCGCAUAGAUGACUGAUAGUGAAUGGCUUCCUAGAAGGCUGCUGCAGAGUGAGGGGGUGAGAGACUACCUGCUUUUGUUAUCUUAACACCCAGCGGCAUGCAAGAGACAACCAUCAAACAUUCAGCUCCUCGCUUGACAUGAGCAGACUGCGCUGAUGUGGAGGGAGCUGGUUGUGACAUGGUUGGUGGAGUGAGAGUACACUGCAUCCUGGGCCUGGCAGCUUUAUGAGCCCAGGGGGAACCAUAAAGACACAGGCUUUCAGGCCCUCAGCUGCUCCCUGUGUUAGGGUUAGAAAAGCAUGAGGGACAGGGACAGGAUGCCUGUUUGGUCAGAGUUCAUUCUUAUCUAGGAAGCGUCUUCUCAUUCACAGUAGCAAGAGUGAAAGUGGGUUACUUCUAUAACCAACUAAACCUUCCAUCAUUGCAUUCAUUAAUUUACAGCCAUAUACAUGUACGACCACAAACUUCCCUCUUGCGGACAAAAUACAAACUGUACCUGUACAAAGUCAAAUGAAUAGGCAACUACAAUGUUAUACAAGCCAGUGGUCAUAUGCAGACACAAACGCACGCAUGAACACACUGGGAGAAAAGAUUAGUUCCUUCUUUUCAAAUACCUGUGGCAUGUCGCUGACAGAUGGAUGGGUCAGUGUUUGUUUUAACAGCCAGGUCUUUGGACGACAGGAGGAAGCUCUGGGACAGCUAUAUCAGUGUUUAGACAGAUACUACUGGGCCUGAAAGACACACAUUAUCCUUCCCUCAGGCCACUGCUCACAGAGCAAGGCAAAGGUCACAAAAAUGUUAGACGUUUUGCUUAAACGUACCAUAGUCAUAAUUUGGAAAUAUUUACCCUGCUUGAUCUACCAGAUGGGUCGUUUUUCAGUUAGUGCAGGUUCUAAAUUUGCUUUUAAAUAAGUCUGUCAUCUCCGCUGGUAAACCCUGCCCAUUUAAUCGCUAACAAAAACCAUUAGGCAGAGGAAUGUUUUAAUAUGGCCAUGAUUUUUUACUGUGUGUGUUUGCCCUUGUUUUCCAAGCUUUCGUUGUGACUGGAGGUGGCCCACUUGGCAGGAAGUUUAACAGUGUUUUAUAGAGUAAUCCUCAGUGUCCCAACCUCCUCAUGGUAAGCAGUUAAUGGGACCAGGUUGAGGAGGAGACAGGGACAACGUAAGGAGCACAGACUGGUUUAGACACAAUGGGAACACACACACAGGUCUGCAUGGGCAUGUAUUCCACUGAUGGAGAAUAGAGACUUCACCAUCUGCAACUCUAAGGCACUGAGGUACGCAUACACACACUCACAGGUGCACAGAAACACACAACUAAGUACAAAAGUCACAAUUUAAAUUAAUAUUAAAGCUAACGAAACUAUAGGAACAGUGCUGAAAGACAUUUUGUUUUAGGGACCACCUGCAGCAAUGUUAAUAUAAAUACAACAAUGCUGUGUAUCCCUGUUGUUGUAAAUAAAUGCAACUGGCUGAGUGACAAGGUGGAGGAGGUGUGAGACAAUGGCAUCCACAGUGGUGCAAUGGCACGCUGUUUUUCAAGGCAUGUGAGCGAGUGUUCCCUUUACAACCUCUGACAGUAAAGUGUGAAUCAUCAGUUGUUUCAUCAUCAUCACACUCUGCCUCCCUCAGGAACACAGUAUGGGGGUUGUGACCACUCCAGCCUUGUUUUCUAGUGAUGUGUGAGCCAACUAAGAUACGCGCUUUACCCUCUUUUCUCCCCGCUCUUCAAAACAACCCCGCGUUCUCUGUCUCUGUCACGCUUCUCACGCUCUCUGCUCGGCAUGGUUCGUCUUGAAGUGCAUUUAAAAAUAAAUCACUCUGUUGUCAUUGUUCAGUAAUAUUUAGUUUGCAUUGUUACACAUUCUCAAAGUUGAGUUUCAAUUAGCAGCAAGCUUUUUGCAGAUUUAAAUUAUACCGAUUAUGAUCAGAUCUCCUCUCUAAAACCCAAAAGCAUCUUAUUGCUCAUCUCUAUAUUACACUUAACAAGAGCAACCACAGCUCCCCUACCUGCUUUUCCAAAGAAAACCUGUGGUAAAGGUGGCCACACUGAGGUUCACAGAUGUGUGCGAGCGCUGGAUUGUGUGUGUGUGUGCGUAGCUGCAGGCUCAAACCUACAUCCGUGGGGGGCCGAGAAAAGCGAGAGAGAGAGGAAGGUAGUGAAGUUUCUGUUGCAACAGAUACAGUAUCAUUUCUCACCACCUGAAAAGUCACCGGAAUGCAGCUACUGCUGCUGCUGAACAUCUAAAAUGCCCGCUGACAUGUUCCGCUGAGCGAGCUUACAUAAUGAAUGUUGGUUUUCAGCAAACUGUCUUGACAAUAAAUUAUCUGGAUUUAUUGCAAUAGUACAUAGUGACCCAGGCUUUCUGCUGUUAGAGACAAAACAACUAAUGCAUCCAGGUAUGUAGGUGCGGCGCCUUUGUUGUCAUGUGCGUUUGUGUGUGUUGUGGAAAGGAGUUUUAUUUAUAGUUAUAUUGUUUGACAUUUCUAAAAAUGUAUUACUUGUAAAAAAAAGGUGUAUUGAAUUGCCUUGGAGGUGCUGUUUUCAAGCCCAUAGACAAAAGUUGACACAUGAGAAUUCGGAUGCAGUGUAAUAUUUUGAGGCUAAACAUUGCAAGUUGUUUUGGAACAAACUACUCCACCUUACGUACACAUGAAUAUAAAACAUCUUGUUAAUUUCCAAGUGUGUGCAUCAGAUCAGGGGAUGCACAAGUGUGUGUAACUAAAAGCAGAAGUGGAGAUAAACAAUUGAUACAGUGAAGACAGACCAGUGGGCUUCAAAUAUAGAAUAAUCACUUUUAUAACCAAAGUAAAGUACUACUCUGUUUCUUUAAUCCUCAGAUAACAGCAGAUGGUCAAUAUUAACUGCAGUCUCUGCUGGUGGGCUUGAUCUGUCACAGGUUGCAGAGAAAAGGAAAUCUGUGAUCACCUUUCACAGAAGUGUAUUUCUAUCCUCUUUGUAUUUCAGGUAUUAGGAUAACUUACUCAAUGCGAGUCUAAAAUGUACCUUCAAAUGUGUAAUUUCUUUUCUUACAGUUGUGUAUGUUUUAUUCUGUACUGUGAUUGUCUGAUAUGAGCAGCACCUUCCCAGCAUUGCGGAAAUAAUGGUAUCUAUUUCUGUUCCUUCCUGCCAUGGCUUCGAGCAGGCAUCCAUAUCUUAGCACAACCCCAUCGUAGCUCUCUCUAGACCCAUAUCUCUGUCAGCCUCACAGAGUGAAACGCUGCUUCCUGUUUGGUUUGUCCAACCAGUGCCUCUUACUGACUGCUCUAAUGUUCCUAUGUCAACUUUGACCCUACUUAACUGAAACCACUGUUAUCAGCCUGCUUCGCCCCAGUCACAGGAAGUCAUGCUCUGAACUCAUGGCCUCAGAGGCGGUUAAGAAAACAGGUAAAAAGAAUGAAAAAAAUUCACUCAGCAGGAACAUGAACUGUAACACAGUCACUUUGUAAAUGCUUUUAAUGGACGUAGCUUGCAUGCUAAAUAAAAACAGAACAAUAAAAAGUAGUGAUAUUAGAGGACAAAUUGAUGUUUGUUUCACUUGGCUAUAUAUUAUUGAUGUUGUGCAGUAUGGGUCUGUAUGCAUUGUAUUGUAGUCCUCUUCCCAUUUAGAUUAAACAAACAGCUUAAGGUUUCGAUCGCUUCUGGAGUCUAUCUGCGGUGUAAUUAUCAUCUUUCAUUCACCCUUUCUGAGAUGUUUUCUAUUUGACUGCGUCCUCCAUCCUCCUCCAUUUCUGGUGUGCUCUAAACCACUACCCUCCCACACAGGGCGCUGCAGCCCAGCAGCAGAAGGGUGAGACGAAGUAAAACAUUUAAAAAGACAGGCCUCUUUUGGCUCCGAUAGAGCAAGCAGUCUCACACGGCUGGUAGGCACUGUGGCUCACGCUGAAUCUGAGGACAGAAAGCGUGAGCUCGUGAUAAAGCUCCGUCUCCCAAGUUACGCUGUUGCAACAGAUCCAAAGUUGAAUAAACUGACAAAAUAUCUGUUGGGAAUCUUUGAUGAGUGAGUAAUGUUAAAGCGGAGGAAGAGGAGUGGCGAGAACUUGCAUGUGUGCAUCUCUGUGGGAGUGCACACGGGAGAGCGGUUGAGAUUUGAAAAAAGAUGACGAGACUGAAGAUGUGAAGGAGCGACAGACAGCGCAGCAGACCACUGAGUGUCUAAGAAAGUGAGCGUAGCACAGUAUCCAUCAGCCUUAAUAGAAACACGCACCAGCCCAUUAUGGAGUGGUGUUUGAGAAUAAAUCAUCUAACAGGCCCCUUUUCAAAGCAUUACCCUGUCAAACCUAAUCUAACCUACCUCUGUCUGCUCUCCCCUCCCAUCCCACACUGCACCCCCUCUCCUCUCUUCCAUAGUGAGCAAAGCCGUUUGCCGCCUCAGGCAAGGGCUGGGAACAUAAGAGCAAAGUCACAGCAGAGCCGUAGAUUCUAGUCACCACCACGGUGUCUCCUCUUAGGCUGCAUGCUUUUGCUUCAGAGGAAAAGUCCCACAUUGUGAACCAAACACUCUAACUCCAUCAAUAUUUGUUUGGUCACCCGUCGCAAUGUUUCGGCCUCAAAAACAACACCAUUUUUAUUUUCCAAGCACAUCGUGAAUGCAUAACUUGUAAAUGAAUUUGUUUGCGAAUUUGUCGAGAAUUUUAGAAGAAGAAUGCCGGAGCCUUUGGAGGACAAAAGGAAAACAAGUUAAUAGUCUUUUGAUGUGACCACUGCUGCAGUGAACAUAGAUGAGAACUGCCUUCCUCAUGUCUCCACUGUGUCUGUCACACAAUGCGGUUUUCACCACAAGACACAUCCCCUAUCCUUCUGGGAACCAUAAGGCCAACCUCUAUGACAGCGCGGCAAAGCAACAAAUAGACUAGCACAGAGACUCUGACCGCGAGAAAGGAGUUUUAGAGAAGCCUGCAGACUGAUUGUAACUCUAAUGCUGCUUAAGGAGGAGCAACUACUUGUCUCUGCCUGCACAGAAGCUUGUCUCUUUAUAUCAGAUUUAUAGCAUUCACCACAUUUGCACAAUUUGACUCCUUGUAGGCUUUUUCAAAAUGAAUUGUAAGUUUGAAUAUUCAUUUAUUUUUUUACCUGCAUGUUCAGAAUUAGCAUCGUAAUGAAUGUCAGGGUUUCUGAUACAUGAGAAGUGUUUCGCACAGGUUUGCAUUUCCGUUCUCACUUAAGGACAAGCCCCAUUGAUCGGUUGGAUAUGGGGCAAUAAACCUCGUGUGUUUUUCCAUGGCUCCCUCCAGUUCUGAAGCAGGCUGAUGCUCCAGGCUGCUAUAUGUGUGAGAUAGCUCGGUCCGCUGACUGACAGCCCUGGAUAAGGGAUAGUGUGUCUCCCCUCAGUGCCAGCACAGCUAGAAGUGAUAAACACUGGCAACCUGAUCCAGAGACAAGAGACGCCUCUGCCUCCGACAGAGUUCAAACUUAAUGCACUUCUAUUCUUCUUAGCCAAGUCCAGAUUUGCUUGGCUCAACCCUGCUGAGCCUGACAUGGCCUGGCCAAGUGGAGGUCAGCAGUGGCUAUUCCAGCAGUUUUUUAGACCACUUCUGAUUGGCUCUUCCUUUUGCCAGUCUCUCUCAUCCCCAGUCUGACAGAACAUCGCAGUUUCAAUCUGUCAGCUGCCUCUACUUUAUAGCUGGGUCUUUCAGUCCCUAUUAUUCCAAAAGCUUCUCCUGUUCAAUAUUCCUAUUGCACCAACCGGACCUGAGCAUUCUCUCUGGUCUGGAAUAUUUAUGGAAAGUUUAUUUUAUCUAGUUUUUAUUGCUACUCUUGUGCAAAUAGGCCCCCAUAGAGUCCCUAGUCCCUGCCUUUGCAGUAAUGGCAAUGUAAACAUGGAAAGUAAUUUGAAUUCUAACAAAGUGGAGAUUAGCUGGUGACAGUUUGUGGCAUGGGCGAUUAUUUCUAAAAUAAUCCUGUUUUGAUAUGCAUCUGCGUCCCGGCAGGAAUUUUCAAUUUGUUUUCCCAUUGCCGCAUGUAAACAAGCUCUAGUGUCUCCUUAUCAUGGCGUCGCACGGA